AUGCCUCGAAAGCUCUCGAACCCCUUCUCAACAUCAACUAUGCCACACUCGGAGAAAGAACGUCGGCCUUCACAGUCAAAGGGCCGUCUUGCCGGCUUCUUCUCUUCCAGGUCAAGGGAGCAGCCGGCGGCGCAGCAAACCCCUUCGCACCAUAAACUAGUCUCGUCCCAGAUGACGGUCUCGACCUCUCCCCUGCCAACAAUCUCGCUGUCCACAUCCAUUACUGGGGAGCUCAACAGCGACGAGACUCCGACCACUCUCUUUGAACCUCCCUCUACCGAUGAAGCCAGGGCCCAAGAACGCCGCGAUGCUCAGUUCGGCCCUCUGCUCGAUCCGUCCCACUUAUAUGUGAGCGCCCAUCAAGGAAAGCCGCUCGAAACGCCAGUCGAGGACGAGCCACCUUAUUUCUACGUCCUCACCACAUACAUCAGUUACCUUCUUCUGAUCGCUUUCGGUCAUGCGCGGGAUUUCUUCGGGAAGCGAUUUGGUAACAAGAAAUUCUACGCACCCAUCAAGGCUGCCAAUGGAUAUGCGCCACUCAAUGACGAUUUCGACAGCUUCUACGUCAGAAGGUUGAAGCUCCGCCUCGACGACUGCUUCGCCAGGCCGACAACCGGUGUUCCAGGCCGAUACAUCACGCUUAUCGACCGCAAGUCGGACGACUUCAACCGCUCCUACAAGUUCACCGGCACCUGCACCCAGACUCUGAACCUCAGCUCCUACAACUACCUGGGAUUUGCUCAGUCGGACGGACCGUGCGCCGACGCUGUGGAGGAAUGUGUUCGCAAGUACGGUCUCAGCUUUGCCAGCCCGCGGGCCGAUUCCGGAACGUCCGACCUUGUCAUGGAAGUUGAACGCGAGGUUGCCCAGUUUGUGGGCAAGCCUGCCGCCAUGGUGUUUCCCAUGGGCUUCGUGACGAACGCUUCUUCCUUCCCGGCCCUCCUCUCCAAGGGCUGCCUCAUCAUCUCGGACGAGCUGAACCACGCGUCCAUCCGCAUUGGCGCCCGUCUUUCUGGUGCAGUUAUUAGAUCUUUCAAGCACAACAACAUGGAGGACCUGGAGAAGAAGCUGCGUGAAGCCAUCUCGCAGGGUCAGCCGCGCACGCAUCGGCCGUGGAAGAAGAUCCUGGUUGCUGUCGAAGGUCUUUACUCGAUGGAAGGUACCAUGGUCGACCUUCCCGGUGUCCUGUCGCUCAAGAAGAAAUACAAGUUCUACCUGUAUGUCGACGAGGCCCACAGCAUCGGGGCGUUGGGGCCGAAUGGGCGCGGUGUCUGCGACUAUUUUGGCAUCGACCCCGCUGAAGUCGACAUCCUCAUGGGAACUUUCACCAAGUCGUUUGGCGCCAAUGGUGGCUACGUUGCGGCUGAGAAGCACAUCAUCGACGGGCUCCGGAUGACCAACGCGGCAACCCUUCUUGGCGAAUCUCCCACCCCGUUUGUUCUGAUGCAGAUUCUCACCUCGCUCAGGCUAAUCACUGGAGAGGUUGCCCCUGGCCAGGGCGAGGAGCGCCUGCAGCGCCUCGCCUUCAACUCCCGCUACCUCCGGCUCGGCCUAAAGCGUCUCGGGUUCAUUGUCUACGGCCACGACGAUUCGCCCAUCAUCCCCAUCGUGCUGUACCACCCCGGGAAGAUGUCGGCUUUCAGCCACGAAAUGCUCAAACGGAAGAUCUCGGUGGUCGUUGUCGGCUACCCGGCCACGCCGCUCAUUAGCUCUCGCGUCCGAUUCUGCAUCUCCUCGGCCCAUAACAAGGAGGACAUGGACCGCAUCCUCGCUGCCUGCGACGAGGUCGGCGAUAUCUUGUGCCUCAAGUUCUCGACUGGCAUCGCGGGCGGCCAGGAGCCGCUGCCUGCGGGAGUCACACCGGAAAUGGAGAAGGAAUGGCGUAAAGCAAACGGCCUUGAAGGUGUCGUCAAGCCCCCAAGGUGGAAGCUCGAAGACGUCAUUGCUCGCGGUGUGGAAGAUACCAAACAUCAGCUGCGGUAA